AUGCCUUACGUAUCUGCUGCUCGCUAUGGCAAGGACAAUGUCCGCGUCUGCAAGGUUGAUCGCGAUGCCUCUACUGGCAUCCAGACCGUCACUGAGAUGACUGUCUGCUGUCUUCUUGAGGGGGAGAUUGAGACCUCCUACACCAAGGCCGAUAACAGUGUUGUCGUUGCCACCGACUCUAUCAAGAACACUAUCUACAUCACCGCCAAGCAGAAUCCUGUCAACCCUCCUGAGUUGUACGCCUCUAUCCUCGGCAGCCACUUCAUCGAGAAGUACAGCCACAUCCACGUUGCCAACAUCAACGUCAAGACUGUUCGCUGGCAGCGUCUGGAGGUUGACGGCAAGCCUCACCCUCACAGCUUUUUCAAGGAUGGUGAGGAGACCCGAAAUGUGGAAGUUCGCGUGAGCCGACAGGAGGGCAUCCAGAUCAAGAGCUCUCUUGUUGGCUUGACUGUGCUCAAGAGCACUGGUUCUGCUUUCCACGGCUUCGUCCGCGAUGAGUACACAACUCUUCCUGAGACUUGGGAUCGCAUCUUCUCAACCGAUGUUGAUGCUACAUGGAAGUGGAAGAAGUUUGACACACUGAACGCUGUCAAGGCCUUUGCUCCCAAAUUCGACAGUGCUCGAGAGGCAGCACGCAACAUCACCCUCAAGGUCUUCGCUGAGGACAACAGUGCUAGCGUGCAAGCCACCAUGUACAAGAUGUCCACCCAGAUCCUUGGACUUGUGCCCGAGAUUGCGACAGUCACUUACGCACUGCCUAACAAGCAUUACUUCGAGAUUGACCUGAGCUGGCACAAGGGACUCAAGAACACAGGCAAGGAUGCUGAGGUUUACGCGCCUCAGUCUGGCCCCAAUGGUCUUAUCAAGUGCGAGGUGUCUCGCGACAACUUGCAAUCAAAGCUAUAA